AUGUUUUUCCUUUCUUUCUUUCAUUUUUUUCCUUCUUUUCUUUCUUUCUUUCAUUUUUCCUUUUUUUUCUUUUUCUCCUUCUUUCCUUUUCUUCUACUUUUUCUUUUCUACUACUUCUUUUUUUCUUUUCUAUUUUCUACUUUUUCAUUUCUUCCCUCUUUCCUAUACUCAGCAAUAUUUAUAGAUCUGUUACAUUUUUUUGUUUGUUUAUUUUCUUUCCAUCUUUCUUUCUCUCCUCUCAUUUUCCCAUUCUUUCUUUCACUCUCUUUUGUCUCACACUUUUUCUCAUUCUCUUUCUCCUCUCACUCUAUCACUUAUUCCCACUCUCUCUUCCACUUAUUCCCACUCUCUCUUCUUUCCAUUUAUUCUCUCUCACUUUCUAUUCUGUCUCUUUUCCCCCUCUAUUCUGCCCCACACUUCCCACCCAUCCUUCCUUCCUUUUCACUCUCCCUCCCUUCUCACAAUCUCUUGCUAGUCUUUCAUUUCUAUUCUAUGCUCUCAUUUUCUUUUGUCUUUUUCUCUCAUGUCUCAUUCUCUCUUAUUCAAUCUCAUUUCUCUCUGUUUCUCUCACUCCCUUAUUCUCUCUCUAUCUUUUCUCACUCCCUUAUUCUCUCUCUAUUUUCUCACCCCUUAUUCUCUAUCUUUUUUUUCUCUCACCCCUUAUUCUCUCUCUUUGUUUUUCUCACCCCCUUAUUUCUCUCUCUAUCUUUUCUCCUCCCUUAUUCUCUCUCUAUUUUCUCACUCCCUUAUUCUCUCUCUUUGUUUUCUCACUCUUUCUCUCUCUUUGUUUUCACUCCCUUAUUCUCUCUCUAUCUUUUCUCACUCCCUUAUUCUCUCUCUAUUUUCUCACUCCCUUAUUCUCUCUCUUUGUUUUCUCACUCCCUUAUUCUCUCUCUUUGUUUUCUCACUCCCUUAUUCUCUCUCUAUCUUUUCUCACUCCCUUAUUCUCUCUCUAUCUUUUCUCACUCCCUUAUUCUCUCUCUUUGUUUUCUCACUCCCUUAUUCUCUCUCUAUCUUUUCUCACUCCCUUAUUCUCUCUCCCUCUCCUCUGUCCCUUUCUCUCUCUCUUCCUUAUUCUCUCCCUCCUAUUACUCCCUUGUUUUUAUUCUCUCCUCUUUCUUUUCCCUCCCUAUUUUCUCACUCCCUUGUUCUCUCUCCCUCUACUCUCUCUUCAUUUUUCUCUCAUUCCCUUUCUCUGCUAUUAAAAUUAAUCACUUUUGCUUAUUUCUCUUCAACCUGAAUGAGUCUUCAUAUAACACUAAAUUGGUCUGUCUAUCUAAGCCUGUUUAUUAUCUAUCUAUCUAUCUAUCUAUCUAUCUAUCUAUCUAUCUAUCUAUCUAUCUAUCUAUCUAUCUAUCUAUAUUUUCCUUCUCCUAG